GUUCCUAGAAUGGAGACUGAAAUUCCGGUGAAUGAAAAGGAGACUUCCUUCCGCAGAAGAGUUUACACUACGAUCGAAACUCUCAUUGACAUCGAAAAUACUGAUCAAUUACAAGAACAUCUUCCACAUCUCCACUGUCUCGGAUGGGACGAAGUUGUCGAAGAGCGAUAUGUGAAUAAGCAGUGCGGUUUUCCUUCUUGUCAAAAAGCUCCACCAAAAAUCACUAGAAAUCAAAUGUUCGAAAUCGACAGAAAAGAAGGAAAAAUUUUCGAGUUUCGCAAGCAAAGAGCUAAAUUUUGUUCGGAGAUGUGCUAUCAGAAAAGUUCUUUCGUAAGAAAGCAAUUAGAUGAGCAUCCGCUCUGGAUUACCGGUUUAACGGAGGCGAGAACUCAGAAAGUAUACGAAGUUCCUGAUGAAUCAUUUGUAAGCCCGAUUGCUGAAAAAAGUGAACCCGUGGAUUCGCAAUUCAAAAAAGAACCUUCUAUUUGGCUGGUGACCGAUUCGAUCAUUGCGAAAGUUCAAGACAUGAAACUAAGCGAAGAAGCCGAAGAACCAAAAUCUCUAGAUCCAGAAGAUCAAGAUAUCGAACCAUUUAAAUUAACUGAUGAUGACAAAGAUUUUAUCAAAUCUAUCAAGGAAUUUAGAAAUUCGAAUUUUGGUCCUCCAUCGACUUCGAAACUUUUGAAAACAGCCCCGAAACCUGUACUAUCAGCAAAAGAUCGUAAAAAAGAAGACGAAGUUCUCGCAAAGCUGCGUGCAAAGUAUGGAAAUAAAAAUGCUCUGCAAAAGAAGCCACCAAUUCUGAUUGAGGCUCAAGAGAUCCAUUCAAAAUUGAAAACUAUGGAAAAAGCAAAAGAAGCGUGGCUCGUUGAUUUAAUUAAAUCCUGGUUCACACCUGAAACUCGUAAAUUGGUUCGAGAAGGUGCCAGACCAACCGGUGGAGCUGCUGAGCAAAUUUUGAUGGAUUUUUUGUCCGGUAAAAAGGUGGACGCGGAGAAAUUGGUCAAUUUGCCGAAUCUUGAUAAGUACAAUGUGAAAGAGAAGAGAUUGAAUAUUUUCCUGCAUUCUAUUAGGAAUCACUGGAUGGAUUUGGAAGCACGUUUACAUUUAACUCCAACUCGUCGUGAUAUUCUCAGUCGAGUAGCUUCGACAUUCCAACUCGAUUCGGAAAAUAUCACUGGCUGGACAAAGAGAGAAAUUAAUUCUAUCGUUAUUGCUCUUUUCAUUGUGAUUUGCCUCGUCGAUGUUGAGCUUGGAGACGACUACUUCAAGAAGGACAACGCUUCUCCAGAACUUACUGCGAUUUCCAAUGAACUAUGCGGGCUUGAUUCUUUCCAAAUUACCGGUUUGCACGCUGCGAUUAAAUCCCAAUGUUGAAUGAUAUUUUGAAUAAAGUUUAUCUUAUCAG